CCCCCACCUCUCCUCCCCCCUCCCCCCUCUCCCUCUCCCUCUCCCUCUCCCUCCCUCAAAACAUUCUAAUACCUACUUUUCCAGUCUCUUCUUCAGAGGUACGGAUCAAAAUCCAACCCUUCAUCAGAUACAGAUGAUGUUGAAUGUGUGGAAAUGGUAUCAGAAGUGCCUGGUCGUCCAUCCAGUGAAGACCCAGAUCAUCAGUUCAGGCUUCCUAUGGGGUUUAGGAGACGUAGCAGCUCAGUCCAUAACCCAUUCCACUUUCAAGAAACACCUCCAAAACCCUGAGGAAGAUGAAGAGUUCAAGAUCAAUUGGAAAAGGGUGGCGACCACAAGCAUGUUUGGAUUCGCGUUCGUUGGACCCAUUGGCCAUUUCUGGUACGAGGGCUUGGAUCGAUUAAUAAGACAUCGAUUUCACCUGCAACCCAAAUCAAUGCGGUUUGUCACUGCAAAAGUGGCCAUGGACGGGCUUAUUUUCGGGCCUUUGGAUCUAUUCAUAUUUUUCUCAUACAUGGGGCUCUCUGCUGGGAAGAGUGUGGCCCAGGUGAAGGAAGACGUGAAGAGGGAUUUCAUCCCAGCCUUGGUUUUAGAGGGUGGGAUAUGGCCUCUCGUUCAGGUUGCAAACUUCCGGUACAUACCAGUGAAAUACCAACUUCUGUAUGUAAAUAUAUUUUGCCUGUUGGACAGCGCCUUUUUGUCAUGGCUUGAACAACAAGAGGAUGCUCCAUGGAAGCAGUGGUUUACAUCUUUUCCCGCCUUGGAAGAAGAAGAGAGCCAAAGUUGAUGGCCAUUUAUCACCCUUAUUUUGUAUCUUUAGCAACUGCCCUCCUUUAUUUCCUUACUUCGUUGGUCCAAUGCAAUUACAUGUCAAGAUAAGUGUAGAUGUGAGGUUUCUCUCGAAGAACACCGAAAUACCACAUGGGCAUUUAUGUUGGGAUUCAAUGAGAAGUGAUUUGAACUGUUUUGAAGAUUAUUAUUUUUUUUUCCCAGGCUCCAUCAUGAUGAAAACUCAAGAUAAAGGUCAGAGGUUAAAUUAGACAUUUGGGCAGUGCCCUUCUUUGUUGGCUUCAUUUCAAGUGUAUGUACAGUACAGCCGAGAGAUUUCUGGGAGUACCUGAAAUGCUAACGUUGGUACUUAAGUUGGGAUUUAUGAAGUGAUUUGAACUGAUAUUGAAGUUGGGUUUUAGGAAAUGAUUUGAACCAGGUCGCUCUGCAUUCUCGAAUUGUGUAUUUUUUAAA